UAUCAAAAGAGGGCGGUAUACAACUUCAGUGGCGCGCUCCAGCAGAAUGACUGCUGAAAAGGCCCGCUGUUAUUCGAAAUUUGGAGAUGUUUGUUCACAUUCUGAGAGAUUUCUUCUCUUAAUUUCUCUUGGAAAGAAUCAUGACACCGACAAAGAAGAUUUAAAAACUUUUCAGCGAAAGAUUGCCGCAAAUAUCACCUCACAAAGUAACAAAGCAGAGCAUAGCUUCAUCCCACAGAGGAAGUAUUAUGUUGCUGUUGUCGACCAAUCAUCAUGUCUGAAACACAGAGAUCAAAGCGUGGAUGCUGAUUGGCUGUUGCUGAAUCAACUGGAUAGGGGAUCGACCAAUAAGAAGGGUAGCAGGAGUUCGACUAGCCGUGGAGACACUUCUAUUGGAGAUGAUGAAGUCUUUGAAAACCAAGAAGUUAACGCCAAUGAGUUGGACGCAGCAAUGGCUGAGUUCAUCCAUGCCCUCGCUGACAAGCUUCCUAGUACCGGACACUACCUGGACAUCCUCUGGCUAGCGUCACCUAACACUGAUGUAUCAAUAAAUGAUCAUAUCACACUCUAUGGAGCCUUACAACGCCUCUGCUCAUGGCAUGAUGGUGUUCUGACAGUGGUGCUUGAUGACGCAACGGUGGACAGACCCCAAGACAGUACCCUGAAUACAUGGGUGAACCAUCUUCAUGGGAGAGUGGUUGGGCUGGAUUCAGUGGAUGAGGUGGUGCUGGGUGACAUGGCAUGGAAGGGAGAGGUUUUGGUAGCUGAUGGAAAGGGGCAGAAGUCGGUCUGUCUUCCUGGAUUUUCUUUGAGUCCUCUCCUCAGCGAGAGGUCAAAGGUUAAUGUUGAGUAUGUGGAGGAGAGUGCAGGUUCUAAAUCGCCAAAACCCAAGUCAACAAAACCUCAUCAGACAAAGAAGAUUGUGGCAUUCUCCAAACAGCUACAGGUUGUAUGUUCAGUCCAGAGAGCUGAUGUUCCCUGCAUGUACCUCUCGCCAACCACUCUGUCACUCCGUCUUUUACCAGGAAGCAGACUUCCUAGAUCUCAACAUUAUCUUGAGUGGCUGUCGUCGAUAGGUCGAUCCAACGACAUGGCUGUUAUUAUGAGACUACCCUGUAGGACGUUGACCCCAAGAGCCUCAACUCAACAUGCCAAGCUGCUCAGCACCAAAGAAUGGAAAGAACACGUCAAAAAUAAUUCGGGUGACUUAUCAGUACCAGACCUGAGCAUGCAGGAAACUCAGGAAUUCUUCUACCUCCUCGUGGGCGGGGGCGACCUCGGGGGCAACCUUGGUAACGAUGUAGUUACUGCUCAAGUAAUGAACUCACCGCAUGACCUGAGAGGAGCUAUACAUGCUAAGCUAGCAGAGUACCAGGAUGUGCUGCCAUUUGAUGACUGUGAAAAUGCAAGAGCAACACUCAGUAAAAUUCCAAGUUUAGACGGAGCAAAACUACAAUCUUUACUGGAGGAAGUAGAACUCAUCCAAGCUGAAGCAUUAAAGAAGUUCAUAGAGGACAAGAAGUCUGAGGGCAGGGAACCAGUCACCACAUUUGCCGAACUGCGAUUGUUGAUGGGAACUGUUUACUCUACCUACAUGGCAACCAGGGAAGAGUUUGCUGCAAUAAAAGAAGAUCAGGAUGAUGUUGACUCGGACUACUUGAGAAAUGAAAAUCUAUUUUCAGAGCUUGAUGUUCCCCCGUCUAGCUGGAUGGUACGCCUCGCUCUCAAUAACCAUGAAGCAAUUGAGAAGAAGAUUAAACGCUUCAAGUCUGGAGAAAUGAUGCUGGCUGGGUUGCCUGUACCAGCUCCCGCUGACAAUACGAUUAAGCUCAGCGCUGAAGAGUUCCUGAAGCACUUCCUAGCCAGUGGACUUCCCAAUACAGAGGACCUGUGCCCAGUGGGUGUAGGAGCAGCAAAUAGACCCAGUGGGUCAGCGGCGUCGAGACAUGUUUGCUCAUCGGACAUGGACUGGGAUCAACUCAAGAAGGCUACAUUCGAGGAGGCUCAGAAGUUCAUCAGCUCACCAGGAAUCCUGUAUUGUUUAGACUCUCGCAAGUCUAUGCAGGUCGAUCGUCAUUUCUCCAAGAUGCAGCAGCGCUACAUCCGCUUUGAGACGGCAUCAACGUGUUCCUCCGAGCAGGCAGCAUCUCCAGCAACGCUCACCAUCCCUCCAGAUCCCUCUUCUGCUACCAAAAAGGGGAAGGUUCAUCUGAGGCUUAACUCAAGAGGUCAGAGGUCGGCUGAGAAGGGUCAGAGGUCAGCUGAGAAGCAACGUAGACUGGUGCUAGAUAAGGGGAGUAAGAUAAGCCCAGGACGUCUACAUGGCCGAGGUGUAAAGAGGCAGAGACCAGACAUGACGUCUGUCCUAGCAGCUAAGAGAAGAAUUAUGCCAACAAGAACGUCACCCCGUAAGAAGCCUACAGAGAUGUUGCCAACGAGGGUGUCGCCGCGGAAGAAGCUUACUGCGCAGGAGACGUCAGAAGACCAGCCCUUAACAGAGAAGAAGAUCCAGGAGACCUUCACAUCGUCUUCAAGCGGUAACGUCAGAAAGGUUUCACGCUCAGAGAGGACAAGGAUGAAACUGAGGGCAAUUGUGAAAGAGACGGUUGUCGGGCGAGGGAUCAAGAAAGGGAGUGAAUGCUACAAAGCUUGUAUUGAGAGACUCUAUAAAAUGGCUGAGCUUUAUGUCAAGGAUCUGAAGACGUCUAAGGGUCUGGAUGAGGAGAUGAAGAAGAUUGCUGAAGCAAAUGUGGACUUUGCCGUUCAGUUUGAAAGAACUAGAGUUCAGAAAUCAUAGCUAGAGGUAGAGCCUAGAGCUUACAAAUGGGCCCUUGAAAUCAACCAAUUUAACCCACGGUGCACUGGCAAGUGACCCCUCAGCAACCCUACUGCACUUCAAGUAAAAAACAUGUUGGGAACUUGUGGGUAUUUCAUGCAGUUUUACUGACUGUUAAAAACUUUACAUUUUAGUAAUUUCUAUCAGGUUCAGACUUCAAAUGGGGGGGGGGGUGCACUGACAUCAACUGGGGUCUUCCCCCCCCCCAUUUAGUUACAGCACUGGACCAUAGGGUAGUAAUGCAAUUUUAGUAAAUUUGGGGCUAAAACUAAAACAUUGAUGAUAGGGUUGUACAUUUGUGUACACUUGUACAGUUUUCCUACUUGUUGUAAAUUAUUAUUGAGAGUUAGAUGAUAUAUGUUGUAAUAAAUUUAGGACAAACUUUAA